AUGCAGGUCAUCAUAGAACAGGACUUCAGUGUUGUAGACCUUGCCAUUGGUGGACCCAACAACUCUUUUGCAUUUUGCGAACCUCACAAGCUCGAGAAAUGUACAGACUGUGAUAUUGACUUUGUUUCUGUCAACCGUCUGUCGAAGAUUCUGCUUGGAAGCCCAAACCUACGCUGUCCACCUCCUGCAAAUGUGGUCUCCCAGAAAUUAUCACAGGCUAUAACAAAUACUAAGGACGAAGGAAAUAACAUGUACAAAACCGGCAAGCAUAGAGAUGCCAUCUCGCGAUACACGAUGGCUGCCAGCAUUGCUGUACAGCGCCCGCCUUGGGAACUAAGUCAGAUAAUGCGGGAAGAACUCUCCACUGUUAUAUCUAAUCGCUCUGCGGCAUUGUUCGAGCUUGGUGACUAUAUUGGUGCCCUCGUGGAUGCAGAGACUGUCAUUUCUAUCCGGCGGAAUUGGAGCAAGGGCCACUUCAGGAAGGCAAAAGCUUUGGUUGGGCUGGGUCAAUUGGAUGAGGCGAAAGAUGCAGUUACGCUGGGCCUACAAUUCGAGCCAAACAAUAACGUAGGUUUUGGUCUUAUGAUACCAUGGUAUCCACGUGCUCACAAUAAACACGCCCUUUACCUAGGAGCUGAACGGUUAUUUAGCUGA